GGGCCUCUCCGGGCCACUUAAUCUUCAACCUGGCCAGGCUCCUAAGCUGUUAUGAUGUCGGAAAAAAUUGGGGUUGGCCAGAGAUAAAGGUGUAAAGAAAUUCAAAUUUCUACCCUAAUUUGCAUUGUUCGGCGGUGUUAAAACAACUUCUUGUGAAGGGUUAUGAGUCAUUUUUAGCGAAAAACCCUGAACAUUCCUCAUGACGUUUUACGACAAUUAUUACGAGGCCUCGGUGCCCGACCUCCCCGGCUACGAAUUUGUUUUAGAUGAUAGUCCAACAUGUCACCAAUCACUGAAAUACUGGACUGAUCGGGCUGCUGAGGUAAGGAAUUAACCGGGAUUUUUGCAUCAAAUCUGGGUCUUGCCUUCGGUGUGAAACGCAAUUUUUUCCGUUUUUGAUCUGAUAACCUGCUGCCAAUUAUGAUCAAACCUCUGACUUGUAAUUAUUAUGUGACUUCUAGCUUCCUUAUCACGACGCAUCGCCAAAUUCGAGUCUGUUGUAGUUGUGUUGAAUUUUUCAAACUGGUCCGGUUCAUAUAUUAUUGUAUGAGAUUUAUCGUGUUGGUAAAAUAACAAACACCACUUCUUUACUGAAAUGUCAGUUUAAAUUCAUCACAGCUGCGGUCCUCAAAUAUAUCAAGUCAUAUUAUAGUAUAGUCAUUUAUUUUUAAACUAACCCGGUAAUAGAACUUUAAAUAGUCACUCUUCUUUUCGAUGACAUAUGCAGUAUAUUAUCAGCUGUUUAUCAUCUCACUACCCCAAGGGCGAUAAAAUCCUUAUUGUUCUAUCUAGAAACUUUAAAAUCUUUUUAGCCCAAUUUUAACAGCCAACCUCGCGAUCGCUCUUAACAUACGCUGAUCGAUGGUCAGAUUUUAUGAAUUUGCCGAGAUUAGUUCAUUACAUUUUCCUCUUGAUAUUCACCAUAUUCCCAAAAAUGUUUGAUGAACUCCCAAAAAAUUGAGGUCAGUAGUGAUAUAUAACCAAUAAAUGGUUCAGUAGAUUCAAUUUCUUAAAAAUUGCUUGAAAUUUUAUCUUUGAAAUAUCAAAUCGCUCAAUAUGCUCGAGUUAGUUCCUCAGAAAACUAGUUGGUUUAAGAGCCAGCUAGUCACUUAGUGCAACACCAACUGGGACCUUUUUCUGAAAAGACUCAGUAUCUUUGUGGACCUGAGGCAAUACGUUAAAACAUUCACCUUAGGAAUAGUGGUGUGAGCCUUGCUGAAAAACUAGCCCAUUCUGUUUUGGUUUCUGAUACUUGCAUUUUUUUAAUUUCAAAAUUACUACAGGUAAUACCAUGAAUCCUGAAUGAAAACACAGCAAAGAAAAAAACGGCCUUUCAGUACAGCCUACCACCAUGAUCUUUGAGAAAUGGGCUCUUGAGCACUAAUAUAGUAAUUAAUAUACCACUUAAGAGCUCUGAGUGGUUUAAUACAAUGGAUUAUGAUUUUGGAAUCUGACUCUUAACCCUUUUACUCCAAAGAGUGACUGGCAUCUAAUUUCUCCCUACAACGUCACUUCUGAAUCAAGAAUUAAGGUCAUGAGAAUAUAGGAAAUGAUCACCAAUUGAAGAAGCUCUAGUAUUUUAAAUAAAAUUCUGCCUAAACGGCUUAGAAUAUAUGAAAGUUAUAUAUUUGAACUGCAGAUAAAGACGUGAAUGAAAGUGAUCCUUGCAGCAAUAAGAAAAGUUGUUUUUCUUUUACUUUGCAAUCAUCCUUUUAAUUACAUCUGUUGUUUGUUCAUGCAUUAGGUGAGUCCUGCUCUAUUGAAACUCACUGGCUCAGUAGAGUCAUACUUCAGUACUGGAAUGCAGCACAGUAAAGCAGCAGCUGGGUUUGGUAGUGCUCUGGUAGAUGUCGCCAAGUCAGUGGAGAAUGAUAAAGACAUCAGUGAACCAAUAAUGAAGGUAAUGUCACAGAUCAUUUGCCAAGUAGUUUAACCCUUUAGCUCCCUGAUCAAAUGUGUAAUUCUCCUUACUGUCAACCGUACAAUUCUUACAAUGUUAGUUCACAGAAUUUUGUAUUGGAUCAACUAAUAAUCCCCAAAUUGAUCCUUUUCUUUAUUCACAUCACUAAUCUAGUUGAUAUUGUAUUGAUAUUGUUAGAAGAAAUUCUGUCCUGGUCACUUAUGGGAGAUAACAUGUUAAUAAAGUUAGCUUCCUGAUAAGUUCUUAUUGGUUGUAGACUCACAUGUGUGCAUGAGAGAGGAGCAGAAUUCCUAUCACUGUUGCAGCAUUAUAUGUUUUAGUCUCUCCUUGUUUCUCCGAAAUUAUACUGUUACUAAAAUCUAUAUACUUUAGUUAUAUUAACUACAUAGCAUUGAAAUUUGAUAUCAAAUGUUUGUUCAAGUCUCUUAAUUCUAAUAUAUAAAAUCUGUUUACAAAAUUAAAAGUGUUAUUAGGUUUGUGUGCGUAUGGAACAUUAUUUCUAUUAAUGUAACUGCAUUAUAUUUUGAGGUCUUUUCUCUAUUAGCCCAAAUUACAUUGUUCUUAAAUUUUUUAAGCAAAAAUGUUGGUGGAAUUAAAUAAUCACAUUAUUAAGUUAGUUUGUGUGUGUGUGUGUGUGUAUGUUGGCAUAAUUCCUAUCUUUGUAGCAGCAGUAUAAUUUAAGAUCUGUUCUUAUUUUCCUCUAAUUACACUGCUGUUGAAAUCUUAAACCGUUAAACUCCCAAGAUCUAAUUGUUCAUUCUCCUCUCUUUCUGCUACACAUUGCCUUGUGAAUUAGUUAUGAGAAUUUGGUUUUAGAUCAAGAUAACUACUUGUACCUGAUAAGUUUGAGUAUUCUCAUUAUCUGUUUGCCAGAUAGUGUAUGGAUAUUAUCAAUCACUUCUGGGAGUCACAGAAAGGGUUAAUAAAAAAUAUAUGCCAAUUGAAAGUAACUACAUACAUUAUCAAGUUUUAAUAUUGAAAAAUAAUCACAUCUGUCUUCAGUUUGCAGACAUGUUGCAGAGAAUAGAAUGCUACAAGGACAUGUUCCUGAGUCAAACUCAGCUUCUGACUCUGCAGCCAUUAGCAGCUCUUACCAAGGAAUUUGAGAAAGCUAAGGUAGGAUAAUUCAUCCAUAAAGGAAUUGUUCAAAAUCUUACAAAGCACUUUACCUCAUGUGGUUAAAUAUUUGAUGGCCUUGCACAACUUAUAACCAGGUUUUAGUGACUUUCCCUUUUUAUGUUUCACUAAGGCACUAAAAUGUACCCUGUGAUGUAAUUUUUGAUUUAGGACCUUCAGUCUCAAAUGCAAAAAGCCAGAGAUGGGCUGCACAUGGCUUGGGAAAAGCAUUCCAACCUUGCACACCUCAGCAACUUGCAAGAGGUAUGGAAUAUUCAUAACAGACUGAGAGAUUAUUUUUUUACUUAAAAAAAACUUCCUGUGAAAAGUUCAAUUCUAAAGCGAUCCUGUAGUCAUCGUACAUCUUUCAAAAGGGCAUUUCCAGUGUUUCUGCAUAGGCACUGACUUCCAGGUUCUAACUUUCAAAAAACUGCAUGGCCUCUGGGGACGAAGAUAAGAUAUUUACAGCCCUCAAAAGAAAACAGAGGACAAUCAUAUGUCCUUUGUAAUUAGUCAAAGCCUUUAUGAAAAGACUUUCAAAGAGAAGCUUUAUAUGAACACAGAUGUGGCAAACAAGUGAAAUAUUACAACUGUUAAUGACUAUUGCAUCAUUUCCAUUUUGGAUGCUCAAGUGAAAGCCAAUACUGCAGCCUCUUUUUUUUCUUUGUUUUAAUCCUUAAAAGUCAGAGCGGAUCAUACUUAUCUUUCCAAGAAAAAAAACAAUCUUUAAAAUUUGCCAAGGCAACAACUUUGCAUAUGAGAUAAUAAAAUUAAUUUCGCCAACUGACAGAGUCUACAUUAUUUUUAUUUAUGUCAUGUGAAACAACAAUUCAUGGAGAUCAACUAUUACAAAAUUAAUUCUUGUCUUGUUCUCUUUCAGCCUGGUGUAGUCGACCGGCUUGCUCAUGGUAUGCUACAUGCCAGACAUAAUUACCAGCGAAUUCUUCUCAAGUAUGUGUCAACACUGAGAGAUAUUCACACUUUAAAGAAGGUAAGCCUGAUGUGUUUCACUGGGUGAUUUGAAAUGUGGUAGAGGCAAACAAUUACUAACCAGUGUAUUGUAAACAUAACUUAUCUUCUAGUGAGCAAAAAAUGGAUAUCAUACUUUCAGGUGUUAAAUAACGUUGUGUGUUAUUGUAGAAAUUAAUUGACAUGUACCAUUUCUUUUGGUUUGUUUUGCAGGUGAUUAUUCUUCAAAAAGUUUUAGAACACAUGCUUGCCCAGUUCUCUUUCUUCAAUUUUGCGUACCAGGUAUUGCAUUGUAAAUAUUAAACUUGUGACUGCUUUUAAGUGUACUGUAUUUUCUUUGUAAAGCAAGUAUUGGCUUUUGUUUUUUAUAAAAAAGUUUGAUAGAAUCUUAAUUAUGACAUAAUGUAGACUGGGUCAUAUACUAUUCUAAGAAACUUUUUUUUUCAGACAUUGAAAGAUGUAGAGCCAUAUAUGAAUGAUCUUUUCCAAGAACUGCAAAACACACAUGCCAAACUAGAGGUAAGUUGGAUUGACAGAUUCUCUGAUCUGGGAACAUUACAAAAUUAAUUGGAACUAGAGCGACAGAAAACUGUUCAUGUUGUGUGUCAUGUUAAAUGUGUCCCACUACCAGACAUUUUUCACUUACAAUAUCUCAAUUCUGGUUACUAUCUGGUAGAAAUCUCUUACAAUGUUAAUUCUGAGAAUUUGACUUUAAAAAUCAAUCAUUGCCUUUGAAUUAAUAACCCUCUCUCAAUAUGCUCUCUGUUAUUGUCAUUGUCUGCAAUUGAUUAACAUUAAGGUGGCAUUGAAAGAAGACAUCCUCUAUCUAUUACUCCUAGAAGCAAAAGGGUCAAUGAGUGUUGUAACUCACAUUUGAUAACUAAAUGAGUUACUCUCUCCAGGAAAAUCUACAGAAUGAUGAGGAUAUUCAGGCAGCUAGUGAAGCAGAUAUUCUCACUCUAUAUCAGAAGGAUGCCCAGUCAUUUGCAGAACCACAGACCACUGUUCUUGGGUAAUUUAAACCUCAGUUAUUUUACACAGUUAGUUCAGGUGACUAAAUCCAGCCUUGCUGCCCUGUAGAUUAGUGUGUAAAUUAUUUACAUUGCAUCUCAGUUUUCCAGAGAUUAGCAAACUUCAUGGGUGUGAUCAUUCACUGAUAAAAGAGUGCACAUUAACUGUAUUUUUGUGAUCAAUGGUACUCUUAUCUCAAAUGUGAUUUAUUUUAGGUCUGCAGCACUGGGCCAUUCUGUCAACACUGUGAAUACACAAGCUGGGAAAUUCUUCAACAGAAUUGGGGAUUUGAUUCAAGGUAGUAUGGAAUGUGUAAUAAAUGGCACACUCUUUGCUCCCUAAAACUGUUGUAUGUUAUUAUCUAAAUUGCUUUCCAGAAUAAAACCUUUCGGACAUCUUUGUCAAUAACUAAGUGUAUACAAUGGGUCUUAACACAUUUAAUCUCAAUUAAAUUUUCCCUUCUGAUUUCAACUAAAAUGUAUUAGCAUCAAGAUGGAAAUGUUACAUUCCUUGCCCUAUAGACUGACUUAUCUUCUCUGCUCCUCCAUGAAUACUGCCAUUAUGAUUCGAUAGUGAUCAAGAUUAACUGAUUUUGUGUUGCAAGUUUCAGUACAUGAAUCCUCCUAUCCAGUAACUUUUUGAUAAUUGAAAUUUGUCAUGUAAGCAAUAAAACAGUUUUGAAUAGGCUUGUUGUACAGCUGUAAGAAUUAUUUAUAGGUUUGAGCAGCUAAAUCUUUGGCUAUAAACUUUCCUUGUGAAUUGAACUAUUUCUUGAAUGUAAAUACAAAUUUUAUAUUAAGAUUUUAAAUUAUUGAUCAGUAAUUUUGACUCGUAGGAUCCAAGAAAUAUGGCAAAGAUCACCCACGUCAGGUAUGGGAACUUCCCUCCUCUCUUCUUCUCCUCAAGAAAUAGAAAGAACAUGCACUGGGAUUUUUGUGAAAUGUUACUCAUUGGUUGUUUAUCUAGAAAAUUUUCCAAGUUCCUACUGAAGACAAUUUAUUGUUUAAAGCCUCACCCAAUGAGAAGGCACUUGCUUUUUGGUUUUGGCUGAAUGUAUCAGUCAAGGAUACUACUAUUUGCUCAGAAUGUUUUUUCUAUUGGAACUUCUCUGGAAACUUUCCAAAUAUUUUGUAACAAGUAUGUUCCAAGAAGAAAUUUAGCUUUUGAGUUACUUCUUCUGAAGGUAGAUCUGACCUCCUUAAGUUCACAAAUUGUUUAGAGUUGCAAGCUUUGUGGAGCUCACUGGAUCUGCAAAGGAGAGAGAGUUAUCCAACAUAGACUGCUCAAGAAGUAAACUAAAAAGAACUAUUCCUCUAAGAAUGUAUUAGACAUGUAUCCAAUUGUAAUAUGUAUUGAGCCAACCUACUUGUUUCAAGAUCUCCCUUGAGGCAGUUUUUAGUUUCAAUUGUUAACUGAUUCAUCAUAACGUACUAAAUUAAUUUCUUGGGGGCAGGGGUCCCCAUAAUAUGAACCCUUCAGCUCCUCUAUAGCAUUUUGAUUGUUUGUAUUCCUAAACUGGAACUUCCUCUAGCUAGAAUGAUUAGGAAAAGCAUUUAGAUUUCAUGUUGCUCUUUGACCAGACACCCAUUCAUCUAUCUUGGUUGUUUAACUUGUUUUAGGAUCAGGAAUGGGAGGUGGUUGAAAAACCUAAGCUGUCAUCAUCUCCACAAGUCACCAGAAAGAAUGAUGUGUCGUCGUCUUCAGAGGGAAAACCCCAACCUGAGCGGCCAAGUAGUCUGCCAUCCUCACCAGUCAAGAAAAAGGAGGGUUCAUCAACCAGUCCUGAAGGUGUGUACAGGAAGAUAUUCGGCUGGAAAUCCUUUAUAAGUUUGUUUAUCUUUAACUUGGUAAACUUCCUUUUUAUGAUGAUGAUUGACAUGUUGAGAGUCCUUAGAUAAUCCACUAAAGACAGGGCAUUUUGUUUGCUAAUUUUCUUAAAACAUGUUGCAUUAUUGUUUGUCUGCAAACAUUUUUUUUUAGACAACUUUGGCCUUAGCUUUCUAUGUACAAUAGAAAUCUGUAAAAUUGUACAUCAGUUCACCACUAGUUUAAGAUUGUAAGACAAAUAGGAAGCUUAAUUUUAAUACCUUUACACAAUUGUUGCAAUGGUACUUGUGACAAAAAAAUUGCGGCUGGUGUGAUGGUGUGAUCCAUUUUGACUUAGAGAUGCAUUAUUUGGCAGAUUUUCUGUAUUAAGAGGCAUUGAACAGAAAUAAUUAAUUUAAAUCAACUAGUCUGGGUUGGAGAGGUAGUCAACAUCAUUGCAUUGUGCUCUUAGUAAAUCCUUUAACUCCCAAGAUCUGAUUUUAAAUUCUCGUCUCUAGCUCCUACACAUUUCUUUGAAAAUAAGUGACUAGAAUUUGGUGUUAGAUCAAGAAAACAACUUCUGCCUGAGAAAUUUACGUAUUCUCAUUACCUGUCUAGGGGAUCAUGUAUGGAUAUUACAGGGAGAAGUUACAUGUUAAUCACUUCUGGGAGUUAAAGGGUUAAGUAUCUUGCUCAAGAACCCAUGACAAUGAUUUUGGCCGUGGCUGGAAAGCAGACCUUUUGAUUAGGAGUCCAGCUUACUUCCAUAAGGCUACUGUGACUCUCAUUGCAUUCUGGGGCAAGACACUUUCAUCAGUAGCUCUUCUCUCAUAUAGAGUGUAAAUGGUCCCCUGUAGCUGCAUGGUGAAAGAGCUAGGGUAGCUGCUACUCAAAUUUAUCUAGGAAAGAUUAGACAGUAUGAAUCCCAGAAGAGAAGGUAUUCUUGACUCUUAAUUUGUAUCUCAGGUACAGAUGAUGCACAAGAUAAGGUCAUUAAAGUUGUACCAGAUGAUCUUCUCAGUCCAAGUUCUAAAGUUGCACCACAGGACAAAAAUGCUGAGCAAACACAAUCAGAUGAAUCAAGAUCUAUCGAGUAAUGACCCAAUUUGCAUUUAUUUAUCAACUCAGUUGAUUAAACCAAAUUAUUUUGUAAUACCCCACCAAUGCAGAACCAUAAUUUUGUUAGAAACUCACCCCUCUAGAAUCAGGUAACAAUUUUAUGUAUUUAAUGGUUUGUGAUGCUGCAGUUUAUAAUGAUUAAUUAAUUUACAAGAAUUCAAAGCUAAACAGACUUAUGACAUAUGAUUUUUUCAGUAAUUCUUUCAAAUGUCUUUGUUUCAGAGUAUCAACAAGGGAAGGAACUCAAGUGACAUCUUCAUGUGGAUGGGAGCAGUGCAAGAGAGGCUAUCUUCGGAUAAAACAGAAAGGCUUUCCCAAGUCAAGAUGGCCUCUUCUGGUAGGAAUUUUUCAAAGUCCUCAAGGGCUCCCCCACUGUUUUAUUCUGCAUACAAGUAUCUACCAACAUUUAUAAACAAAUCUGGUUCCAAAACUUAUUAGCUAAACCAAAUCAGUGGCUCCAUGGAGCUACUUCAUGGUAUGUUUUAAUUUUUCAAUAAAGGGAGAACUUUAUCACUUUGCCAUUUACCUUCUCAUAGCAUUAAAGUAAGAUUCAUGCAUCCAAACCAGGAGUGAAAAUAGCUCACAAGCACACUUGGUAAUUGCGUGACAAAAAGAGAGGUCAAAUCCAAUGAAAUUUAUAAGACCUCAAAACAUGGUAAAUCAGCUGAAUGAAAUCUGUAAAACGUCAAAGCAUUGUAAAUCAAAACAGAUACACAAAAAUCAACUUGAAGUGCAGCAGGACAAAGAGAUUAUUCCAUGGAAAGUGCAUACAAACAAUUUUUAUCCAUGAGUUGCAAUGCAUCAAAAAAGGAACGAGUGAGCCUAGCAAAUAAAUGAGUUUUAUGAUGCAUUGCAAGGAGUGACACAAAUCAUUUGUGUGCACUUUUCAUGGUAUGAUGUUUUGAUUUUGUACAUAAUGAGAUUUUUUUCACAUUUCAAUUCACAUUUUUGCCUUUGCCCCAUCCCUCAGAUUUAUGAACGGAAGAUAAUAGUACAUAUUUGGGGACAGAAACAGACCCAGGAGGGAAGGCUGGGGAUUACUCAUUUAAUCCAAGUUUUAAUGCCUAAAUUAAUUGUCUAACAGUUGUGGAGAUCAGAGUAUGAAGUGAUUGAGUGAGUGAGCGAGCGAAUUCUAGGUCCAUGAGGUAAAAAGCAGUAUUAUUGAUAAUCACAUAGCAUAGAUCAUUUGUAAGUUUUAAUUGUGUUCCUAAUAAGUUUUCUAUCUUUUAUCAGUACUUCAUUGUAGACCAAAAGGAUGGAAGACUUUUGGCUCAGGGUCAAGAGCAGAUCAGUCCAUCUGUUAUGGAGAAUCUGCUGCUUUGUACAGUAAAGUUUUGUACUGCAGGAGAUGCUGACAGAAAUAACUGUUUUCAGGUGACUAACAUAUUUGUAGUAAUAGACAUGAGAAACUUAAUAUGCACUCCUGACUGGCUGAAAACGAGUGCAUUUUUCCUGUAACACAAGUGCAAAGUUGUGACACAAGAGCAAAUUAUAAAUAGCAUGUGCACACUGUCAAAAUUUUGUCUGCCUUGGGUUUUUGUGGUGCUUUUUUCAUGCAAGUUAUUGACAAGUAUCAACAUGGUUUUGAGUGCAAUGUGGUGUAAAUAAGCAGUUGUACAAUAUUGAAGAGUACAAAUUGCACUUGCCCUUUGGGCUUGUGUGAUGUUGUUGUCUUUUAAAAAAUUCACCUGUGCUUAUUUACACCAAAUUGCACUUGAAAUCAUGUUAUUACCUAUUAAUAAUACUUAAUAUUAAAAAAGGCUUUCCUUUUUUUUUAAAGAAAAGAAAGAAAGAAGGAAACCCUCGGCAUUUCUCCUGAUUUAUAUUUUCAUCUCUGCAGCUCAUUUCUCCAAGCAGUGAAAGAAUAUUCCAGGCAGUAACAGAUCAAGAAGUACAAGAGUGGGUGACAGCCAUUCAGGCAAGUCAAUGUUUUGUGCUCAUGGGUUUUUUUACAUUUUUAAAUGAUUUUAUUGAAAUGUUUGAUUCGAUCAGUUUUGUGAGCUCACAAUGUAGGGGUUUUUAAUUUGAAUAUGAUAUUAAUCCAACUCAUUCAAGCUCAAGCUGAAGUUGAGCUCAAGUUGAAGCUGAGCUGAGCUGAGCUCAAGUUGAAUACCCUUACAUGUACAUGAUGGUUGUGUUGGAGGUAAAGGGGGAGAUUGCUGAAGGCACAGUACAGAUCAAGUGCUCGCAAGCUUGUUAAUUGAUAUAAGCACUUUUAACUGAGAAACAAAGCUAACCAAAAUGUCUUCUUUGUUUUGACUGUCUUCUGCCACUUUUUGUGACUUCAUCCCCAACAUGUAAGUCCACUCCAAGCACUUUUUUCUUGCGCAGGAUCAAAGCAGGCAAUCCAAGGCCUUCUUGCCUACUUUGGUAACCAAUUAGAACACAGGAUUUGCUUCAUAUUGUCCACAGCUGUAUAGUAAAAUUAGUUAUUGCUUUUUAACUAUCUUUCUUUUAACUUUUUACUUUUGGUCAAUAUUUCUUUUUUUUCACUAGAAAGCGACAGCUGAUGCAUUAAGAAAUUCAAAAGCAAAAUUACAGGUAAGUACAACCAGUGUGAUACAUGAACCAAGGAGUAUUAGAUGAUCAUGAAGUCUGAGUAUUUCCUAGGAGGACUGUUGCCAGCAAUACUGACCAACAAUUCAUCAACCUGAGUGUGAUUAAGUCAUAAUCAGGGUCAAGAAAGGAGUUUUCAACACCCAAGAGUUAUAAAAGUUAGUCUGAUUGGUCAGUUUUGCCAUUAUACAAGCUGUGCUAUCAUUGGCUGUACAAUAUCUGUUAAUUUGUAUCUGCCAAGAAGAAUGCAUUCAUAUCUGCAAGUACAAAUUAUCAUGAUAAUACAAAAGAAUAUCAACUCAAAUUUUUACACAUGUACUCAGCCAGUUGUCUAUUUUUCUUCCAUCAGUCUCUUGCCAGAUCACAAGUAGACAGAUCUAGCCAGUCAGCCAAUGCAAAUAAAGUAUAUGCAGUUGAUGCAUCAGAGAGAAUAAGAAAAGUAGAUGGAAAUUCAUAUUGUGCAGACUGUUCAACCCCAAGUAAGGAGUAUUCAUUUACUUGAUUGGAUGACAAAGUUCUACUUCCUCCUUGUACCAUUUUUGUAUAUAAUUAUAACUAAUUGGUUGGGAAAAACUUUUUUAUGACGUGUUUCAUCUUAGGUAAGACUUAUCACAAGGCUACUGUGUCUCUCACUAGCAAGAAACUUUCAUUAUCAGUGGCUCUACGUGAUCUGAUGACCAGUUUCAUUCUCCUUCUUGCAUCAUUUUUGUUUUUUGUAUCUAAGUGAUGCAGAGAAACUGCAUGGCACAUGUGAAAAAGAAAUCUCUUUUGUUACUUUGUUGAUACAGAAUGCAUUUCAAGGAGAUAUAGGAAAAUGAAUCUUGUCUUGAAGGGUAGCUUUGAAUUUUUUUUUAGAUUAUUUGAAAAUUCAAGGCAGAAUGUCAUCAAACUGUGGAUGAGUGAGGAAUGAUACCAAAUUAAAGCCAAAACUCCUUGAAUUUAUUCUGACGAAAUGAAGUAAUUUCUUCGAUUCAGUCACUUUCUUCAAAGUGAGCUGUGAGUUUUUUCACCUUUAUCCUGGUCAAUCAAAAAUAACUAAAGCCAAUUUUUAAUUUUUUUUUUCUUUUUUCAGGACCAGACUGGGCAAGUAUAAACCUUGGAAUCUUAGUUUGCAUUGAAUGUUCUGGAAUCCAUCGCAGCUUGGGAGUGCAUGUGUCUAAAGUAAGGUCACUGACAUUAGACAAAUGGGAGGAGCAAACUGUCAAGGUAUAAUUCAAUGCAAAUAAUGAUUAAUUUAUGGCAAGGUAGUCCUGAGGUAAAUCCAAGCAAUCUGAUUGGUUCGUGCUUGGUCCCUAUUUUGCCAUUUGGACCAUUUCCACAGAAAUGUUCUUGAGCCAUGUAUUUUUGUUUGCAAAAGCCAGCAAAAUCAGAAUGAACAAGUUUGGCCCUAGUACCAUAUAAUAAACAACCAGUCCUCACUAACCUUGCUUGCUGGAGCUGUACAGGGGAAUAUUGACCCUUUUCCUUUUUUAUGGACAGAGCACAACUCAGUCCAUACUGCCACAAUCCCUGGCUAAUAUUCCCCAGGGAGCCCUCUUAGUAAGUAAGAAGUUAAUGUUUUAAAAUCAGUGUCAAUAAAACACACACCCACUUAAGCUAGUUAACAGCUCUCUCUAUCCUUUUGUUGGUGGAAUAAGCCAUAUUAGAGGUUUUGAAAAAAGUGUAAAGGUCAAAUUGAAAUCACUUGUCCCUGGCUUGUUAUUCACUGAUUUUUCUUUCGAUUCUUUCUUCCUGCAUGGUUUAUUACCUUUUUGUAUCAACCUUUGCCACCCCCCUCCCUAAACUAAUGGUUGUCUCAAUUAAUUGUUGACUUUUUAUUUUUUUUAGUUUAUGGAAGGAAUGGGUAACAGCAAAGUGAAUAGAAUAUAUGAAGGCAAGCUUGGAGAAUAUAAAAAACCCACUAGAGAUUGUGCAAAGUAAGCUUUAUUUAUAGGAUAUUGUACACAUAAGAAGGAAAAGGCUCAAAAUAUACAAAAAAGCAGUGUUCUUACAUAUUUCAAGAUGGAGUAACUUUUCAAACCAGUAGAGCAAUCCUUAAAUCUGUCAAAUUUUCAUGAAUUCCAAGAGAUUUUGGGCAAUAAAAAGAGGUUGUUGAGGUGCUAGUCUUUACUGGUUACUGCCUUAAAAGGAGAACACUGAAAAAGAAGAAUUUUCAUUUACUGAUAUACUGCACAGACUGAAAAGUAAAGCUUGUUAUUAUAAUUACAUAAAUUAUAUGACACUCAAGAGUUUUUCCAGAAGCUUCAGCAGCAGGCCUUUUCACCAACUUCUCUCUUCUUCAGUGUGGGUUAUUUUCAUAAUACAAAACAGUAAAACAGCCAGGUCUUGAUCUUAAAUUAAUUCUAACCUUUGCUCACUAGAGUUUUCCUAUUUUUAGCUGUUAAAAAUAUUUCUGGAGAACACUGUUCACUGAAACAUGUAUUAGAGGGACACCUUGCAAAAAGUGCACAUUAGCAAGGGUAUUGGGAGUGUUUGCUUUAUGAGGUUUCACUGUUGUUAUUAAUAGUAAUAUAUAACUUACUUUGAAUCUUUGCAGGGAGGAAAGGCAGGAGUUUAUUCGUUUGAAGUACAUUGACCGACAAUUUUCCAUUCCUGAGGACAAUUCAGAUAAGGAAGUCUUAGAGGUGAUGAAAAACAGACCACCGGGAGAAGGCGAAGAUGAACUUUUUAAUGAUUCUGCAGAGGUAUAAAGACACUGAUAAGGAAGCUUUCAUUAAAAUGCCACAACCACUAGCAGAUAAGUAGUUAAGACAUGUUACCAUGACAACAGAAAAUUGUCCAUCAUGUGAUCCAACUGAAUACAUUUCUGCUCAGCAGCAGUAUCAUGUACUAAUGGACAACAUCGAAUCUGAGAAGGGUGUAGCUUUUGUUUUUUGUUGUUUUUUUUUUUUGUACCAAAUUUCUUCUUGGCUAUCUGGUGACGUCUGUAAAUGCCCUUUUUGCUCAAGGUGCCUCAACAUUUUUGUAACUGAUUGUAGCAUUUCAUUUAGAGAAUGGACUAUAUACAUGGUCUCUAAAAAUGCGAACUUGAUAAAUACAAAUUGGGUCACUGUUUAACGCUACCCGAGGGAGUUGAUCUAAUUGCUAAGCUUUUUUAGUACAGUUGUAUAACUUUGCAGUAACUUACAUGGACCUGUGUUUAUCAUGCUUUACUUUACUGUAGUUCCUCGACUUUCUACAAGAGAGAAGCCUUCAUGGAGCUAGUCCAGUCUGCCUUGUGGAAGACUGUAAGGUAUUUUGUUUCAGCUCUGAAAAAUGAUCAUACAUUUAUGUUCAAAAAGGAACAUGUAUUAUGAGCAAAUGCAAAAAGGUAACUUGACAUGAAACAUCAAGUUGUACAGCUUACUAUUUACACUUAAUAACCCACUAGCACAAUGAUUCCUGACGCUAGAACUUUUUCCUGCAAAACAAACAUUUGGUUAGGAAGCAAAAGUUAGCUUACCUGUUAAAUUUGAAGGAGAAUUCUCUUAAGCCAGCCUCCCUAAGAAGCCCCCCUAUCUAGAAAGUCUUAGAUUUUCACCUAGAAAAGUUCACAUUGUCUGUGGUAUUCUGUAAAUAUAGAAAAUUGACACGUCACAUUUUGGCCAUCAGUAAGUUGUAACCCUUUAACUCCCAUGAUCUGAUGGUUAAGUCACCCCUCUAGCUGCUACACAUUUCCUAAGUUAAUUGGUUCUGAGAAUUUGGUGUAAGAUCAAAAUAAAAGCAUCAACCUGAUAAGUUUGAGUAUUCUCAUUGCUUGUUUGCUGGAUACCGGUUAUGUAUCGAUAUCAGUGGAAGCAGUUCCAUAUGUAAAUCAUACUGGGUUAAAGGGUUAAAUAAGCCCCCCCUCUAACGAGCCUCUCUUAAACAAGCCACCCUCUCUUGGUAGUGAGCCCUUGAAAUUGAUAAGCACCCCCACUGCCCCCCCAAGGCUAAGUGGAGUGCCAUUGGCAAUCUUGGUCUUUUCAUGUGAUGACAGCCAGGAUAAGCUCUGGUAAAUAUUUGCCUCUACGCUUUUAAGCCAUACCUUUUAAUAUACCUGAUGUUUGGAGGAAAUGAAGAGUCACACUAUUCACUGUCUCAAAGGGAAACUUAAACCCACAAAAAUUGAUGACUUUUUUUUGCUAUAGGAAUGUCCCACAUCCUCUUGUAUCCAUAAAGGAAAGUUUGCCUCAUCUCAGCUGAUUGUCUCACCUGAAGAAGGAGAAGAAAGUGAAUGUUAGAAUACAAUGAAAAUUAUGGACUAAUGCAAGAUGCUGUGAUAACUAUAAUGUUAUUUAAUGAUUUGUGUCAUUGACCUGUGCUAAGAAAUGAAGGUGUCAUUGAAAUGUAAUAAUCAAAUGUCAAGGGUACAUCACUAACAUUGAACUUCAUGAAUAAUUCAAACCAGUGAAAUGUGUUGGUGUGACAAAAGUGUCACAUAAUGUCACACAAGGUCACACCAUUUGUGUCAUAAUAUUGUGUGAGAAAUGAAGGUGAUUGUAUUCAAUUAGUAACUGUUCUCUGUAGUAACUUGGCUUAAGUACCUAGUGUUGCAGUAUGAUGAGAAUUAUGAAAUUAUUUCAUCAUGAAAUUAUGGUUAUAGUACAGUCUGAUGUGCAGCAAAGUUUAGAUACUCUGGUUUGCCUUGACCUCUGUUGACUACUUGACAAGCUAAACUUAGGAAUUGGAAAGAAAAAAAAAAGAGAAUGCUGGAAGAGUUCUGUACAGAAAAAAGGAUCAUUAAAUGCUAUAGCAUAUAAGCUAUCAAACUGAAUUCAGAAAGAGGCAUAAGUCAACACCAUUUCUUUCCUCAAAGUCAGGAAUGUUCUUGAAGUAAUAACUGUGCAAAUUGUUGAGAAUGACAAAUGUGUGAUUCAGAUAUGGUCAUUUUGUUGUAUUUAAUAUAUGUAAAAAUUAAAAUAAAGUAUAUUCCACCCUACAGGGUGUUAAUCUUAAGUAUUGUAACAUACCCAUGAAUUAGGGUAAGAGACCAUUUUUCUGUUGAUAAAAUGUAGGAUCUGAUGUGUAAAGUGAUAGGUUACAAAAAUCAAGCUUGGAAUAUUUUUUAAAAAAUUGUCAUGACCAGAGAAGGAUAGCAGACUGCUGCAACAUCCAUGAAGCACAUUUGCUUUCAAUGCAGUUUUUAUUGGGAAAAUCAGUUCUUUUCUCCCUGCUUGAGUGCAACAUUUCAACCCAGCUAUUAUCAGAAUGAGUCCUUAAAAAUCAGGGGUUUCAAUCAGGAGUGUAAUUAGGCCCCUUUCUCCUAUUAGGGUUUGGGGAAGGCUUCCCCCAGUAAAAUUUGAAACCUAGAAGCUUAGAAAUUUAAUUUACAGCAUCUAAGAGUGAUUGCAGGGUAAACAUAUGGCAGUAAGAGGUCUUACAGGCAGUGGUAGACUGUCAGUAAUUGAAUGUAAUUGAAACUUGUUUAGAAUCUGGAGGUAUUUAAUAGAUAGCCUCUGUAGUGGUAUUGUUUAUUUUGAUAAAUUAAUUUGAUUGGGUACAAUGCGACUAUGCCUCGUGGCUGAUUGGCUUGAGUUAAUUAAAGGGAAAGGAAUGUUGUGACUAAGGAAGUUCACGGAUUCUUUUGGGAAGAAGGGGAUUGACUUAUUAAGUCUUAAAGAAUCUUCAAGCAGCAGGGGC